AUGUCCGCUGCACCUCAACUCUUCGAGAAGCUCCUCACUAUCCCCACCCGUUCGAGGCAGGGUGCCGGCACUCUGAGAAGCAGGCUCUUCGGCACAGACAAAGCCAAGAAAGAAGGCCAAAUACUUCGAACCUCGCUGGCAAUUCAUCGCCCCGUCUGGGUGACAGCGGGAGGAGCAACCUACGCCACCAUGUCAGCCGUCUAUGUCGCCUUACGAUGGUUGAAACGUAUAUGA